CGCUUCAUACACUUUUGUGUACGUAACUUUCUUGGUGCGGUUAGUUCAAGUAAAAGGAACGAACCAGUUAUCUCUUGUUUCCCAUUAGUUUCGUAAUCAGACCGUUCAACUUCAACAUUCCAAUAAUUAAUUACUCUUUCUACCGUAUGGAGAAAUGGUAAUUAACAAUCUCAUUAUGGAAGAAUGGCGGGAAUUUUCUGUUGGCAUUAACUGUAAAGGCUUACAUUCAGGAAAAAUUCGCCGCUACCACCGGAUUUCACUCGCUGACAGAGCUGCAACAAUUUCUACUGAUGAGGGAAUAUCAUUCGCACGAGCGGUUUGCGUUCCUUCUACUUCCUUCCUCGUGUGAUAAGGGCGCACAGGAAGCCACCGAAUGCGUGAAUCACCGGUUAUAUUAUUAGAGCAUGAACAGAUUGAUCGCACACGCCCGUUUCAUAAUUUCUCACCAGGAUAACCGUGGCCGCUACAUUAUAUACACACAUAUAUAUACAUAUUAUCUGCGAUUAUACUUGGUGGAAAAAUUAAGCGAGCGCAAGGCGAGCGCAAAAUGUACACGCCGAGGAAAAAAGUCCUUUGGUUCGCGGUCGUUAGUAGAAUCGCGAUAUUUAUACUGCAAGUCAUUUUUAACGCAUUAACACCCGAUCAUCACGCAGACGCGUUUAAAAGACCCUCCGAUCCGACGGAGAAAGUUUCCCCGUGGGAUCGGGUGGCGUAUUUUUCACUCGACGGUCUUACGCGCUGGGACGGCGAGUAUUUCUUACACGUCGCGAGGUACGGCUACACUUACGAGAAUACCCUCGCUUUUUAUCCCCUGUAUCCGGGCAUGAUCCGCGUUGUCGGGGUAGUUCUGCUGAAGGUAUUCUCCCCCGCGCUGAAUAUUCCGAGCGCGUUGAUGCUGGCCGCGGCGCUCAUUAAUCUCACGUGUUUCGCAAAGUCCGCAAUUAUCCUUUACGAUCUCACCGAGAGCGUCUUUGAGGAUAACAUUACGGCUUACAAAGCGGCGAUACUUUACUGCAUAAAUCCGGCCGGCAUAUUCUUCACGGCCGUAUACUCGGAAGCGAUGUUCGCGUAUUUCACGUUCCACACCAUGCUCGGGAGCGUGAGACGCACGGCCACUAUUUAUUUCCCGCUGGCUCUGUCGACCCUGGUCAGGUCGAACGGUAUCGUCAACGUCGGCUUUCCCGUAUACUUCGGGCUGAAGAAUCUUUGCAGUUCCACGCCGCUACGGAAGCGUAAUAUCCUGUCGACCGUCCGGCAUAUUUUAAAACCGAUGACGUUAAACGAUUAUUUCGCCGCGCUGAGCACGCUGAUUAUAUCGAUGUCGCCGUUUCUCCUUCUACAGAUAUACAACUACGCGAAAUUUUGCGGCCCCGCCGACGCGUCACUGCCGGCGCACAUCUUGCGAUACGCCGCGGAGAACGAUCUCGUUCUAUCGGGGAAUGCGGCCUGGUGCAACGCCAGUGUGCCCCUGGCGUACUCGUACGUGCAGAGGAGGUAUUGGAACGUCGGCUUCCUGAGGUACUAUCGAUUCAAGCAGAUGCCGAAUUUCAUCCUGGCCUUCCCGGUGCUGCUGAUUAUGUUGCACUGCGUGAAGGAAUUCCUCCACGAACAUAAGGACGAAUUGUACUCGCUCGGAUUGUUCGACGGCAAAGCGAAAGGCGCCGUGAAGAAGUAUCCAUUGAAUAUGUUCGUCUUCGUGGCGCACGGACUAUUUCUCACGAUAUCUUGCUUAUUCUUCGUGCAUAUUCAAGUCAGCACACGCUUGUUAGCUUCCGCGAGUCCUUUGAUAUAUUGGUACUGCGCGUUGAUUAUGUCGCAUAAAGGUGUCGACUCACAGUACGAAAUCGGCGAGAACAUGCGCUCCAAAUGGAAGGUAUUCUUUUUAUCGCAGGAAAGGUAUACGCUGCAGGAUAAACUGGUGCUGUCUUAUUUCAUAGGGUAUACGAUCGUAGGAUGUUUUAUGUUUUCGAAUUUCCUGCCAUGGACUUGAUACGUUACAUUCUAUAUGCUUUGUUACUAAAAUGAAUAUUUCCGACACAUUCUCGUUGAAACUCGUAUAUAUAAUGAAAAUAUCGAAAUAAAAUGUAUAAUCGCAAAAAUAGGAAUAGUUUAUAAAUACUAAUUUUUCUUUAGAAUCUUUCAAAGGAAAGAUAUGUUUGUUU